AUCUAAGCAACUUUCAACUCAAAAGUUUCGAAUAUCAUAUUAUUAUAAAAGUGUUCAGCAUGUUGAGGGCACCACAACAGGAAUCCUACUUCACUAAAAUGAAAAGGAUGGUGAUAGAUUUUAUUCUGUUAUUAUUUUGCAGAAGUCAGAGCACUUCAUCUCAUGGACGUCUGAAAUAUUUAUACCAAGAUAUCAAAUUUGUUCCUAUCAAUCUAAAUAAAUACCCAAUAAACUAUUUAGGAAAAAUUCAGCCUGAACUAUAUAGAGCUGGAAUAAUUAAACAUACUAACGAUGAUGGUGAGGAAAAAACAUGUGGAAAAGUCCAUUUCUCUCUUAAUUACGAGGAUGAGUUAGAAAAUCUAGUUAUAAAAUUAUUUAGGGUCAACGAUUUACCCGCAAGAGACAUAUAUGGAUUUUGUGAUCCUUACGUUAAAAUUUUUCUGCCCCCAAACAAGAAAAAAAAAUUGCAUUCAAAAGUUAAAUCGAAAACUAGAAACCCAGUAUUUAAUGAAACCUUUACAUUUAAUGUCAAACGUGACGAAAUUCGAUCAAAAUCGGUGGAGUUUUUAUUCUACGAUUAUUAUUAUUUUUCAAAAAAUCGACUCAUAGGAUAUGCCACAUUUAAUCGUAUUUAUGAAGUAGUUGAUUUAAAACAUGAAAUUGGAUAUACAUUAGACAUCAUAAGUAUUAAAAAAGACAAGGCGGAAGAUAAUGGCAGAAUAAAUAUAUGUUUGUGUUAUCUUCCAAUAGCAGAUAGACUAAUAAUGACGAUUUUUAGAUGUCACAAACUAAAAGCAUCAGCUUUAACAGGAAAAUCAGAUCCUUACGUGAAGAUAUACAUGUUUUUGCAAGACAAAAUGGUCAAACGCAAGAAAACAAAAAUAAAAAAAGAUACUUUAAAUCCUGUAUUCAAUCAAGCAUUUGUCUUUGAAAUUAGUAAACAACAAAUCAAUGACGUUACAUUUGUUUUAAGGAUUCUAGAUCAUGACAGAGUGAGUAAACAUGACGUGAUGGGUUACGUUGUAACUGGUCCUAAAUAUAUUAUUAGCAAAAACCACUGGAUGGAAAUCUUGAACAAACCAAGACAAAAUAUAUCUCAGUGGUACCGAUUGACAGAAUUUCUACCAAUUAGUAUUCCCACGCCCAAAGAUAAAACUUCUAAGCGACCUAAAUGGUUAAAGAAACUAUUUUAAUCAAACUCAGAUCGCUAACCAUCGACAUUCACUCAUGGGAACCGUUUUUUGAAGAGAAAUCUAUAUGGAAAGAUUAUUUAUACAGAAGUUUACAGCCGAUUCUUUUUAUUUGAAUGAAAUGUCGUUAAGUAUAAGAACAAUAACCUGUUCCAAGAACAUAGAACUUUGCCACUGGACAUGUCAAAUAGUAAAAACAAGAAUUUGAAAACAAAUAUGUCCUUUAUUUAUUUAUAAACUUAACUAAAUAAAAAAAUCACCUACG